UCCCGGAGCAUCCCGGGACCCGGAGGCUUCACAGGCCGCAGUUCAGGACGCGUCUUUACGUUUUGGCGAAAAUGGCGGAGAAGUCACGUCGUGUGGCGCAAACGGAAGAUUUGUCGAAUGUCGAGUUUGAAACCAGCGAAGAUGUCGAGGUUAUUCCUACCUUCGACAACAUGGGUCUCCGCGACGAGUUGUUACGCGGAAUCUACGCUUACGGUUUCGAAAAACCGUCGGCCAUUCAACAACGAUCCAUUAAACCUAUCAUGAAGGGCAGAGAUGUGAUAGCUCAAGCACAAUCUGGUACCGGAAAAACCGCCACCUUCUCAAUUGCAAUCUUACAAUCUCUGGACACGCAGAUACGAGAGACUCAAGUUCUGGUUUUGUCCCCGACUCGAGAACUCGCCACUCAAAUCCAAAAAGUCAUUCUUGCAUUGGGAGAUUUUAUGAACGUACAAUGUCACGCUUGCAUUGGCGGUACAAAUCUUGGAGAAGACAUUAGGAAGCUUGAUUACGGCCAGCAUGUUGUGUCUGGCACACCUGGCAGAGUAUUUGAUAUGAUUAAGAGGCGAGUCCUCAGGACUAGAGCAAUCAAAAUGCUGGUACUGGACGAAUCUGACGAAAUGUUGAACAAAGGAUUUAAGGAGCAAAUUUACGAUGUGUAUCGAUAUCUACCACCGGCGACGCAAGUCGUUUUAGUUUCGGCCACUUUGCCGCACGAGAUUCUCGAGAUGACUAGUAAAUUCAUGACAGAUCCUAUCCGUAUCCUUGUAAAACGUGAUGAAUUGACAUUGGAAGGAAUCAAGCAAUUCUUCGUCGCUGUAGAACGAGAGGAGUGGAAAUUCGACACGCUCUGUGAUUUAUAUGACACGUUAACAAUAACACAGGCGGUUAUCUUUUGUAACACUAAACGUAAAGUGGACUGGUUGACGGAAAAAAUGCGAGAGGCCAAUUUUACAGUAUGUUCCAUGCAUGGAGAUAUGCCGCAGAAGGAACGAGACAACAUAAUGAAAGAGUUUCGAUCUGGUCAGAGUCGCGUGUUAAUCACAACGGAUGUAUGGGCGAGAGGAAUCGACGUUCAGCAGGUGUCGCUUGUAAUUAAUUACGAUCUGCCUAACAAUCGUGAAUUGUAUAUUCAUAGAAUAGGUCGGUCUGGACGUUUCGGCCGCAAGGGUGUGUCGAUAAACUUCGUGAAAACUGACGAUAUAAGAAUUCUCCGAGAUAUCGAGCAAUAUUACUCUACGCAAAUAGACGAAAUGCCGAUGAACGUGGCUGAUCUAAUAUAAAGUGCGAGAUUUAUGCGUAUGAAGAUUACAAUAUUUCGACGUACAAAGAUUUCUUUAACUCUUCGAUUAUGUGUUAAUGCGCAGGAGACAGUAUAAUUCUGUCAAUAAUAUCACAUGAUAACACUUUCCAAAUCAGUUUACUUGAAAACCCUUUAAUGUCAUCCCCUUAAGUUAUUUUUAGUAUAUAACUUACACUAUUCUUACAACAAUAAUAUAAUGAACGGAGAAAAGUAUCGUCACUUUUAUAUUAUGUUUGAUCAAAUAAAACUAUUUGAAUGUAGUAUGUAAGAAAAUUAGAUUAACUUUGUUUCUACAUCUACGUACAUCAAUGAUUACACGAAUUAGAUUUCUUUUUUUAUGAGAAUAAUUUUUUUUGUACACCCCUUACAGAAAUUUAAUGCAGUGCUUUUAGCACUCAAAAUAAGUAAUUUCCAUUAUUGGAUUUCUGAAAGGGACUACAAAGAUGUUGUAAUUGUGUAAAAAAAAAAAAACUGAGGAGCAAUGAGUAAAUUUUGUUAAUAAAGUAUUUUAUGACUUCA